GAAGGGUACACGGCCCUGCAUUACGCCAUCAUCAACGGCCUUGACGGUUCAGUGUCUCUUCUCCUCUCCAACGGGGCAGAUGUAAACGCGGUCGGUCGAAACGGUUACCGGGCGGUGCACAUUGCCGCCGCGAGGGGACGCGUGUCCGCUCUUCGGCUACUGGUGAAUCAUGACGCUGAUUGCAUUUCGCGAAAUUGGUUUGGCUACACUCCCCUUCAUCUGUCCGCUGCCAGGGGCUACGAAGACACAACUCGAUUCCUGCUCGAUGUCACUGGCGAUGUUAACUGCCCGGAUUACGCGGGAGCAACGCCUCUGCUUCUCGCCUGCCAAAAUAACAAGGAGGCUGUGGCAAAACUGUUUUUGGAACGUGGGGCGCAGAUGGAAUUGGCAAACAAGGUACGACCCCCACCACAGAGAGUAGUUUGA